UGGCUUUGCUUUGUUUCUGGGUUGGAGGAACGGGAGCUCUUUUGUUUGGGGGUUUGGUUCUUUCAGCCCCCUCCACCCCUCCUCCUUUGGCCUCCGGUUUCCUGAGCUCAGUGCAGCAAGGGUAGGAGAAGCGCCGUCUUGCAAACCCCCCUCGGCUGGGCCCCAAUGUAAUUUGAUGCGGGCCUGGUAAGACUCCCCACGCUAUAUUGUGUCCGCUCUUGUUUCGGAAGCCUCCACCCACCGGCCCACCCUACAUUUAGCACAUCAUGUGAUCCGGGAUUGAUGUGACUCUAGAAACAAAUGGAUGAAUGAAUAUCUACAUGAAGAGAAAAACAAUAAAGAAAAUCAGCACCUUUGAGAACAGAAUGUUAAUGCUUGAUGGGAUGCCGGCAGUCAGAGUCAAAACAGAGCUGUUGGAAUCUGAACAAGGGUCUCCAAACGUCCACAACUACCCGGAUAUGGAAGCUGUUCCGCUCUUGUUAAAUAACAUGAAAACGGAGCCCCCGGAGGACUCAUUAUCCACAGAUCACUUCCAAACACAAACUGAGCCAGUGGACUUGUCAAUAAACAAAGCCAGGACAUCCCCUACAGCAGUUUCAUCCUCCCCAGUUUCCAUGACAGCCUCUGCCUCCUCUCCUUCCUCUACUUCAACUUCUUCAUCAUCGUCUUCUAGUCGUCCAGCCUCAUCCCCAACUGUUAUCACGUCAGUAUCUUCAGCAUCAUCUGCGCCAACAGUAUUAACUCCAGGGCCUCUUGUGGCCUCUGCAUCUGGUGUGGGAGGCCAGCAGUUUUUGCACAUUAUCCAUCCAGUACCACCUUCAAGCCCCAUGAAUUUACAGUCUAACAAACUGAGUCAUGUUCACCGCAUCCCAGUGGUGGUACAGUCGGUGCCUGUUGUCUAUACAGCUGUGCGGUCACCUGGAAAUAUGAACAACACUAUAGUAGUGCCGUUGCUGGAGGAUGGGAGAAGCCAUGUCAAAGCACAAAUGGACCCCCGAGGCCUAUCUCCCAGACAAAUUAAAAGUGACAGUGAUGAUGAUGACCUGCCAAAUGUGACCUUAGAUAGCGUUAAUGAAACUGGAUCUACAGCCCUUUCCAUAGCCAGAGCAGUACAAGAUUCAAUUUCACCCUUCAGUAUUGAGAGCACAAGACGCCAGAGACGGUCUGAGUCUCCAGACUCCAGGAAACGUCGUAUCCACAGAUGUGAUUUUGAGGGAUGCAACAAAGUGUAUACGAAGAGUUCUCACUUGAAGGCCCAUCGGAGGACGCACACAGGAGAGAAACCAUACAAAUGUACCUGGGAAGGCUGUACCUGGAAGUUUGCUCGUUCGGACGAACUGACAAGGCAUUACCGCAAACACACGGGAGUGAAGCCAUUCAAGUGCGCAGACUGUGAUCGAAGUUUUUCCCGGUCAGAUCACUUGGCACUGCACCGUCGGAGGCACAUGCUGGUUUGAGGCAUGAGACCUGUCCAGCGGAGCGGAAGAGCUGGGUCUCUUAGCUACACCCCAUUCAGCAGGGCUGAAUCCCCAUCACAGUGUUAACACAAAAGGGCAUCAUCAUCCCACGAUGUCUGAAACCAGAGCAGGAAAACGAAAUGGUACUUUUCUCCUCUCUAUCUGAAGGUAACCCCAUCAUGGCUACACAAGCAGCAUUCUCAUGCUGGCCCAGGAGAUGAGUGACUCAGAUGCUUGAAGAGACAGGCAUUGUUUUUCCAUGCUGUGUCCUCUACUGUUUAAAGAUGUUUGUAGCUUAAACAUUUUCUCAGCUGUCAGACAUUUUCUUAUUGAUAUUUUAAAAAUCAGUUACCACAAAUUGAUGGCAAAGAGCAAGACCUUUUUAACUUGGAUUAUUAUCCCCAAUCUUCCCCACCCCCUUUUUUUUGGAUUACCAUCAAAGUAACAUAGAAAACAUGCCCAAUUUCUGUUACCGGCAAACUGCAUGAAAAUAGAUGAGAAGAAUCUAUUGGAGGGGUUCCAUUACCUGAAAAUCAAGGGGCACUCCGGCAGACUUUUGCAGUAGUGAUGGUGGCAUUUAGAGAUCACACACAACUUGUCAUUAUGCCAUGCCCUUAAGGAAACCAAUCUCUCAUUUGUUUGUUGUUGUUCGUUCUUUGUUUCAUUUUUUUUUUAAAUUCUGUUCUGUCUGCUAAAACAAAAAGGGGACAAACCAUGUUUAUUUCAGGUCCAGUCCAAGUGUCCGCUCUGACAUGGACUAGUAUAGAAAUUGUUUGGGGUUGUAUAGGAAGAGCCUUUCUUUAAAAAACAAAAACAAAAAACUACUGCCCCAUUUCAAAGUGAAGUUUUCUGUCACCUAGGCAUCAUCUCUUCCAGCCCCUAGUAUUUGAUUACAAGGAAUCAGGAAAAGAAACUUUCUUAGACACACUGGCACCAAGGUAAGAGGUGUGGUUGUCCAAGCAAAGUCAGCGAACAUGAAAAAUCAGACAAAGCGGAGAAGGAAAUAAUGCACCUCUUGAGGAGAAAAGCAAUAAUGAAUAAAAGGACUUUCCUACAAUAACUUCACUGAGGACUCACAUUACCAAUUUUCAUACUUACUAAAGGAAUUGUUUAAACAUACACACACACACACACACACACACACUCAAACAUAGCUUUUUCGAUGUCUUGGUUACUUUUACAACAUCGAAGUAAUCUUUCUGUCGUUUGCUGUCCUGGCCAUUGAGUAACACAGUUAAAGACUGUGCUCCCCUUUUCACAUUUUAGAAUUUAUUUGGUGGCUUGAAAGCCAAGGCAGGUAGAGAGGGGAAGGAACCCCUAUUUAACAGGUCAUCUCUCCUUGGAAUAAAUGAGUGGAAAGAGGAUGCUCCCAGAGGAAAGACUGAAAUGGUGCUAGUUUCUACUCUUGGAAAGCAGAGAAGAAUAGAAUAGCCCAUUGGCUCUUCUCUACAGGUUUUUGUUUUUUAAACUAUAUUUACAUUCAGUGAUGCCUCACUGACUUUUGCAGGUAAAUUCAAUCCAAACUUCCUGCAUCAAGGAUAAGAAAAAAAUAAUUACUUUCCCUCCCCCCCCCACCCCCGUUUGCCUCCCACCCCCUCCCCAAAAGUAUGAGUUUCUUUGUAAUGAAUCAAGUCUAUGAUAAAUAAAGCAAUAUGUUACCAACAAACAUCUUUUUUAAAAGAAUAAUUUCCUCUCUUUCACUAAGAGCUGGGGUUUUCCUCCCCCAUCUCAAUAUGGUAAAAGGAGUUUGGUGAGUUAUUUUUAUUUGUUCAAGUUUUUUAUAGCUUAGCUAUAAAGGGUCUCCAGAAGGACCUUUGCAAUAUAUUUUAAUUAUGAAAACUUGGAUUCGGGAAAGGCACAAAUUAACCUCACAAUGCUCCUAGCUCAUUUUUAAGUGUUUGAACAGUCUGAAAUAACUUUGGUUACUGAAGUAGCCUUGUUUGGGAUUAUCUUUAAAUCUCUAUAAUCUUGUUCUGAAAAGUGACUGUUGAAGCAGGAACUAGGGACAUUGAAUGAAACAAGUGAGAUUUGUCUCUGAUAGUAUUAAAAGUAUUUGAAAUAACAUUCAAAUAAUAGUGUAACAGUUUUCAGGUUAAAAGCUUAGUAUAAAUCUAUGCUCUACAUUGUCUGCCAAUUUUUCAGUAGAAAAAUUGAGCAACUCCAAACCACCUCAGACUAGGGCUGCAGCCUUGCACUGGGUGUUACCUCCUAGAAAGUUUUUCUCUCCAUUACUGUGUGUGACUCCCCUCCAGGCCCACCCCCACCCCACCCCACUCCCACUCCCGCUGUCCAGCUUCUCCAAGUUGUGUCUAUUCUUAACAGGAAAUAAUUGGAAAUUUGGAUGAAUAGCUACUAACCAAGAGAACAGAGGGUAAUGAAACAUAUAUUCACACCUCACUUCUUGCUACUGUCUCCUUCCCCCCCCC